AUGGGACACUGGUGUCCCUUGACAUUUUACUCCAACCAGUUCACAUGUGGCCAGGAAUUAGAAGGCAUGGCUGUGAAGUCCAGAUUACAGGACUCAAUUCAUGGCAUUGGGAGGGUAAAGGAGGGAGGUCGGGGGUCAACUGGUGUCCAGGCCUCCCCCUCCCCUAACAGCACCCCCACCCAGAGGCCUGGGGAUGGGUGGUGGAGCCCUCUGUCGGUUCCUCCCCCCAACGAAGCCCAUUGUUGCGGGAGGACCCCAAGAGGCCCUGGAGUUGGGGGGGAGGGGGCCGCGGCCGUUGGCCUCGGUUUUCCGGGCCCCCCGCAGCCGGGCUCCGGGCCCCGCGCUCGCCUGAGCUCGGCCUGGCGCCCAGGGCUCCUCCGCCGCUCCCCCUCGCCAUCCCUGGGGCUGGGCCCGGCGGCCGCGGGGCCUGAGCUCUGGGGCGGUUGCGAGCCUAGCCCGCUUCCGAGGCCCGCGCCCCAGCAGCCCCCCGCCCCCCGGCCCCCUCAGCCCGUCCAGCCCCCUGGACCCCCAUCCCAGCCCUCGGCGGCUCCCCCUCAUCUCUCGAGCCCCCAGGCCCCCAGCUCCGCCACGGGCACCAGCGCCAACGACUGCUCCCCCGGCCCCGGACCUACCUGCACGGCUCAACCUAGCCUAGAAGUGGGGGGCGGGGAAUUAUCCACCCUCCUCCGCCUCUCAUUGGCCCAUCGAGGUCAGGGCCGGAGCUUCAUUGGCUGCGCCUGA